AUAUUAUAGCCACACCUUGUCAUUCCUCCUAGCUUGUAGAAGGUCUCUCUGCUUCUCUGCAAUACUACCAAGCAUCCUACAGCUCAACCAUGCAGUCUCUCAUCGCUUUCUUAGCCGUCCUUGUCGGGGUAGCCAUCGCCAAUCCGAUGGUUCUCUCGCCCGCCGAACAGAACCAGCAGAACAAGGCCAUCUCGGCUAAGGAGUUCCUGAGAAAGAUGUUCCCGGCGGACUCGAUGGUGUCCUUCAACCGAAGCGACAAUCAAGUCGAUGAGGACAUCGUUGGAAGGCUAAGGGCUCUGGGGCUUCGUGAGGCAGCGAACAUCGCAGAGCAGGUUGACCUGAGGCAGGUUCUCCGAGACAGUGACCUUUCAUCUGUCACAUUGUGCAUGCCCAGUGACAAGGCUGUCCAGAAGUGGAGGCAGGAGCUUCCUGCUAAACUGAGACCAGACCAGGAGGCCAUGAAGAACCUGGUCAAGGCUUGGGUCGUUUCAGGAAGGGUCGAGUCUUCGCAGAUCAGCGACAACCAAAAGGUCCAGAGUCUGAACGGCGCCAAGCUAAGAUUUAACGUCUACGCACGUGACUCGAAGAAGAUGAUCACUGUUAAUGGCGCUCGAGUCGUUGACGCCGACAGAAAAGCUAGCAGUGGACUCAUCCACGUAGUCGACAAGGUCAUCUAUCCACUCCCAGUCGGUAACGUAAUGGAGACCCUGGACGACAACAAAGCCUUCUCCAUGGUCGUCGAUCUCCUGAAACAAGCCGGACUCGAGGAUGAACUUAGAAAUUCUGACCCCAUUACGGUUCUUGUGCCGACCAACGCCGCCUUCCAAGCCCUCCCAUCCGGGGUCCUCGACGACCUCAAAAAGGACCCCGCCGGCAAACUCCGCAACCUGCUCAAGUACCACGUGAUCUCAGACGUCAAGUAUUCUGUCUCUCUGUCGUCUGGUCAGCGCCUCCGUGCCUCGCAGGGAGAUGAGAUUACGGUUGCCCGCGACAGUGAUGAUCAAAUUCUCCUGAACAAGCAGAGUGACCAGUCAAAAGCUUCCCGAGUGAUCGCACGUGAUAUCCCCACAACCAACGGAGUGAUCCAGGUCAUCGACCGGGUCAUUCUCCCGCCACAAAAACACUUCGUUCUCGUUUAAAACGGACGACCCGGUUCCCGAUACAGCCCAUACAAUAUGGAUUUAUUAUCAGAAUAUUAAUCGAAUGUCGUGAUACAAUCAUGAAUCUGUAUUUUUAGUACAGAAAUAAAAUCUACCCCUUUCUACUGCAAAAACAA